UCGCUGUUGCGAAAGAUCCUCUCGCCUUGGCUCCUCGUUGGUGCGGCGAACUAUCUUUGGUGUGGGUUGGCGGAGGUUGGAUUUGACAGCAACAGGAAACGGUCGCCUCUCUCCCAUUCCUUCCCAAACCAGCAAACCAACGCCGUGGACGAUUUUUCCUGCUGAGGCUGUCCUUUCCUCACCAUGACACCACGAAAAUCCAUUCGAAUUCAAAAUCAGCUUGUAUCGGAUGAAGCUGACGUCGAAGCCGAAACCGCUGCCGCUGUCGAUGACGCUGUCGAUGAUGCUGCCGCUGAAUCUACGCUCUCGUUUUUCGACAGCAGCAAACGCUUCAUUUCCUUCAACAUGUGUGCAGAGGCCCAGGAAUGGCCAGGAUUACCAGCACAUCUGGGAGCUAAAUGGUAUCAAGUCCUCAAUGAUGAUGGUCUGUCGAGAACGACAUUGGACAAGAUGGCCAUGGCUUUUCUGGACACAAGCGAACAAGUGAAAAAGAUAGCAGAAGGCGAAAUUGCGGAUCAUUAUUUGCGGACAUUCAUCCUCUCUGCUUUCCUCAAGGAAGUUCCUCACUUAAUCACCACGAAUUUCUUCGUGAUUGGUACAAAGGGAUUGGGAAAGAUUGCUACAAUAUUCUCUGUUUGCAAUCAGUUGCAGGAAGAGAGCGACGACAACAAACUACGUUGGCUGCGAGAGGUCGUCGGACAACACAAAUGGAAACCACUCGGAUUCAAGUCCGAAAAGCCCAGCAGGAAUGCACUGGUCGGUGAAUGCCUUUCUUUGGGCAUGCGAUGUUUUGAGGCACUCUGUCAUGGCGAAGCAGCCAAAAUGGAUGAAUUGCGACUAAGGCUCAUCAGCCUACUCAAGAAAAUCGCAGAGCAGGCUGACAAAUUGAUGCUGCCACCACAGGCUUGGGAUUAUGCCAAAAUCGAAGGAUGGGGCUAUCGCAAAUUUGGGAGGGGUAAAGGUUUGGCCAUGUCAAUUGAUUUUCUUCAACGCGUUCAAGAAGAUCCAGAAAACCACAUUUUAGGACUGAAUAGGGCUGAUUUCACAGUGUUGAAGGAAGCUAUGCAAAACAAAACAGUCGGUGCUUGGAUGAGAGGAGACACACAAUUGGCUUUAUUUUACCUGACAUGGAUGGAUGAGCCUAUGCUCGCGUUCUUGUGCCGAAUGCUCUGUUCCUCUUUGAAGUCUGUUGCUGACGUCAAGGCCAAGGCCGAGGAAAUGAUGGCAGAUGUGCCCAAGGAAACACAAGACGUGUUCAUAGAAUUUGCAAGGCAUGGAAGCCGUUGCUUAGGCAGCGAGACUCUGGUCCCAGAUUUGCGACUCUCAGGCAUAGAAAAGCCGAAGGAUCGAGAACUAAAACAGGAGCAGCGCGACUUGGAGGAGGUGGACACAGCCCGAAAUCGGCGCGAAACGCAGAAAAAAUGCAUGGACAAUUUCAUUGAAAGUGCUGCCAUGUUGUUGAAACACCUGCUUGUCCCAGAGCACCAGCACCAGCACCAGCAGCGGCAUCAAUCACAAGACGCGACGAAGAGUGCACAGCGACGACAACAGCGUCGGGCAGGAGUGGAGCAAGAGGCACAGCGGCGCCAGGCAGAGGAAGUAGCAGCGAACGUUGAACAGCUGGAAGACAACCCUACAGUCAAUCUCGAUGAUUCAGUUGGAGGGCAACGGGAGCAACAACAGCGACGACAAGGAGCCACAGCUGUGGAAGACGCUGCUGAGAUGGAACGGAAGGAGUUACGGUCACAGCUGGAGGACGCCUGUGCUCGCGAGGAUGAUCUCAAAACCAAGCUCCAAUCUGCGGAAAAUGGACGGAAUGAGGCACUCUCACAGCUUGGGAACGUCCAGCAAGAACUCAAGGCAGCCCGUGCUCAACGUAGUGAGGCGAAUUCGAAGCUGGCUGAUGUUCAAGGACAGAAUCAGUCAGCGGUGGCUGACAAGGAACGAGCGGAAUCACAACUCAAAGAGUCUCAAGAGCAACUCAACACCGUCCUCGCUAGUAGGGAUGCUCUGACGGAAGAGCUCACAAAGAGCAAGGACCGAGAAAAGAGUUUGAAGGCCCAGGUUGAUACUGUUAUCAGAGAACUGGAUACCUUUGAGAGAGCACUGAAUACGGGUGAGAGAGCACUGAAUACGUGUGAGAGAGCGCUACGGGAUAGCCAAGAAACUGGAGAUCGACUCAUGGCAGAGCUCUCCAAUUUGCAGUUUGAAAAUGAACGCCUUGCUCAACGUCUCAUGAAGAUGAGCAAGAUGAACAAGAUGCUGGCAGCCAAGAAAGCCGAAAACCAUCAAAAUGAAUCCACAGAAUUGGAGGUGCAGACAACAAUAACAACACAACAAAUGCCCAUGGUGGCAGCACCUGAUGCAUGCGCAAGCUUUGGGGAACAAUCUCCAGCUAAAGUUUCCGAAGAAGGAGAUCAGAUGACUGGGGAUGGGAUCGCUGGCAUUGAUGAGCCUCGUCAGAAAACCAAACGAGAUGCAACGGAGGGUCGUAGCAAGUCUCAGGGAAAUGGCAAUAUCAACAAUCAACGUUCCAAGAAGCAACGUCUUGAAUCCUCGGUGACCACAGCAUCUCCCUGCACCAACCGUGGCAGUUCUUCCACUGGACAGGUUCGUGUCAAGUGUGAAUCUGUGUCUCCCAGCGCUCCCAACAACCCUCCUGUCAAGAAGAAGUAUGAUCCAGAAGUGCUGGUGACUGCCGUGGUCAAAAAGGAAUGCUAG